UUUACUUUACAUCAACCAUGGAGUAAAUUGUCGACGUACACUGGAAGUAAUUCGCAUUUUAUUCGCCUUCCUACCGGCGAAUUAGCUCUUGGUUACAAACCACAGAUUGCUGGGCGAAAGUACAUCCCAGGAUCCACUUCAGGAGGUUUUCCUGGAUUUCUUCCUGGUCCCAAAGACGGGGAUACAUUUCCAAUGGCUUACAAGGUUACCAAACCGCUCGAGUUUGACAUGAAAGAGUGGUCAAGCAUCUGCCGGGAGCUUAUUGAUGCAGAACUUACAGUUUACGGAACAAUACUUAUCAGGUUUAAUAUGAUUUAUUCUCGCGACAAGCAUUUGAAAGCCAACAUUUAGGCUAGAGAGAAGUAACUAUCACAAGUGUAUUUCAUCAACAUGAAGAGUACCUUCAAAUAAGCGAGAUAUGACAUGACCCGUCAUCAUGUAAAUGCGAUACGAAAUCAAAAGGUCAUCCCAGUAUGAAACUCGCGCCAGUGUGAAAUGUUACAGGUCAUUUGAUUUCGGGUUAACUUUGAUUUAACCUAGGUUGAUUCUCAAUUUCCUUUGCUUCCGGGCCCUAACUCAUGAAUGAUUAGGGGCUAGGAGACAAAGGAAAUUGACAAUCAACCUUGGUUGAAAAAAUUUAACCUGAAAUCAAAUUUGACCUGUAACAUAAACACCCCCCUAAGUUCUAAACUAGGUACCAUAAAAUUCCGAAAAUAAGCCCCGGGGCUAAUAUUUUUCAAAGGCCCUUUUUGAGGGGCUUAUAUUCAGAGGGGCUUAUCUACGGAGGGAAAUUUGCGUUUAAAAUCGAAUGGGCUAGCCUUAUUUUGGAGGUAAAUUUACCGUUUUUGCUUUGUUUUACUUUGUAUUUGAGGGCAAUUUUCCAAGUACAAGCCCCCAGGGGGCUUAUAUUUGGAGGGGCGAUUUAACGGAGGGUUUUUUGCGUUACCAGUUUGGGGGGCUUAUAUUUGGAGGGGCUUAUACAUGGAGGGGCUUAUUUUUGGAAUUUUAGGGUAUGUGAAAGGCAUUCCAUUUGUUAAUAGAAGAUAUACAAAAGAGGUACCUUUUCUGUCAAAAAUGGAGAAAGUAAAAGGGGAAUCAAUUGAGGUUUCUGGGUAACUGACCUUCUACCUCCCCCCAAGUCAAGAUUAACACUUACUUCACCCUUAGGGUAAAAUCAUGACUUAGUGGAGGGGUAGGUGUUCAGUUACCCAGAAAAUUCAAUUGAUCUCCUAAAAGGGUAAGGUCAGACAUCGGGGUGGAUGGAGCCUCCCCAUACAAAACCCCAGGAAUCAGGUUUAUGACAAACAACAGACACCAAUUUGUACCAAGUUUUCCCUUUACUUGAUGGUUACUGUUCAUUAUCUGUACGCAAGAAUAAGUAGUCUCAUGUCAGGUUUACCCAUAAGUAUUACCAAGAGCCUCUUGGUAUUACUUUGGACAGUUUUCAUCCAUUAAUUUCCUUAUUUCUUAAUUUUGUAAAACAAAGAAUAUUUUCAAAAAAGUAUUUUUUCGUAGGAAUUUGCCACUUCAGAACAUGGAUGAUUUCAGAACUUUCAUUCAUGGACUUGGCUUCAAGUUUUUUGAACAUGGGGUUACUGGUUAUAGGACCCCACUGGGGUCCCAUGUCUACACUGCCUCAGAUGACCCCCCUGAAGUAACCAUGGAACCACAUAACGAGUGCUCAUAUUCACCCCUGGUCCCUAGAAAGGUAUAAUUAGAGCUUCUCUAUAUGUUUUAUAGUUCCGUUUCUCUGUGAUUAUGAGUCACUAUUAUAUGGGUGAAGUCUACAAAGAUAGGAAAUCACUGGCUUUUUAGCCUGCGGACAGCCCCUUGCUCCCUUCUGCACCCCUUUCACAGACUUUCAGAUCUUUUGUUCAGUUAUAAUCAGCAGCACACAAGAUAGACUGAGACUUGAUUCUUCUUUUCUUUAGAUAAUAAUGUAUUGUAUAAAAGAACCUGAUCCAUACUGUGGAGGUGAAACUGUUCUUUUAAAAAACAGUGACUUGACUGCCAUGUUGGAUCCAAAGGUAACGCAAGAGAUGGAGGAAAAGAAAAUUCGUUACCAAGCAUUUCUUCCAAACAAAGAUUCCAAGGCUAAACUACAGAAGAGUUGGCAAGAUCGAUUCUGGGUGGAUGACUCAAAGGUCUGUUUAAUAUAAUGUUUUUGUUUUUGCAUUUGUUCAUUUUUUACAUUCAGUCGCUUUUUCUGCAAUGACUGCGGAAUAUAAUCAAAGCAAAAAAAUAGUUCUGAAUUCUGGGUCUGUAAUAUCUAGAAAACCAUUGUAUGAAGAGGGUUCAAAAGAAAACUCUUCUGCAAUAUGUAUGGUACCAUUAGUAUGAUAGCAUCCCUGGAUGUGAAAGAGGUUUUUGUUAGUGAGUUGAUGUUUAUUCUAAUGAUGGAAAUGGGAGACAACAAGCAGUUGCCCUUCUCUAUUGAAGAGAGAGCCCAGACUCAGUGCUUUCUAGGAAAUACGGUACAGUACCUAUAAGAAGGAAAUUUAAUCGCCAGUGAAAGAAUGUCACAACCAUCAUAUUGUUCUCUUCACUUCAGGAAGUUGAAAAAAUUCUCAAAUCUAAUGAAUGGAAUUUCUCUUGGGAUGACAAGAACAACUUGAGAUACUGGUAUAUCCAUUCUCCUGUCAGGCCCCACCCUGUGACUGGGGAGAAAAUGUGGUUUAAUCAAGUAACCAGUUAUAAUGCCAGCUACUUCAGAGAUCUUCCUCUUUACAAGAAUAUUAACAUGCCAGAUGACCAUUAUCCAUUCCACUCCUAUUACGGUGAUGGGUCAAUCAUUCAGCCUUCAGUCCUUCAGCACAUCCGUGCAGCUAUGUGGUCAUGUGCUAUGGGUUUUAGUUGGAGAACAAAUGACGUGGUAGUGAUUGACAAUUUACAAGUGUUACAUGGAAGAAUGGGGUGGACUGGUGAGAGAACACUUGUGACCACGCUUAUUGAUGAGUGA